GCGGCGCGGUGUGGCCCGAGGUCGCGGCGGCCCCAGCGGCGGCUCGGGGGGGCGUCACCCUGCCGGCUCGCGAUGCACCCGCGGCGCCCGGAUGGCUUCGACGGCUUGGGCUACCGGGGCGGGGCCCGGGACGAGCAGGCUGUGGGCGGCGCCUUCCCCGCGCGGCCCUUCGGCUCGGCGUCCGACCCGACCCACUGGGUGACCAGCCCCCCGGACAUCCCCGGGAGCCGCAACCUGCACUGGGCCGACCGGAGCCCGCCCUACGGCGCGCCCGGGCCCUCCACGCCGCUCGACGGCCCCGAACAGCCGUGUCCCGGAGGCGGCGGCGGCGGGGCGCCAGGGCGGAGCAGCGAGCAGUUGAAUAGAUUUGCUGGAUUUGGUAUUGGCCUUGCAAGUCUCUUUACCGAAAAUGUACUGGCCCAUCCUUGCAUUGUUCUACGCCGCCAAUGUCAGGUUAAUUAUCAUGCCCGGCAUUACCAUCUCACUCCAUUUACAGUGAUCAAUAUUAUGUACAGCUUCAAUAAAACUCAGGGACCGAGGGCCCUUUGGAAAGGAAUGGGAAGUACGUUUAUUGUCCAGGGAGUCACACUUGGAGCAGAGGGAAUAAUAAGUGAAUUCACACCUUUACCAAGGGAGAUUUCACAUAAAUGGAAUCCUAAACAAAUAGGAGAACACCUUCUGCUGAAAUCCCUGACUUACAUGGUGGCAAUGCCUUUUUAUUCGGCAAGUCUAAUUGAAACAGUACAGAGUGAGAUAAUUCGAGAUAACACUGGAAUUUUGGAAUGUAUAAGAGAAGGAAUUGGAAGAGUGAUUGGCCUUGGAGUGCCUCAUAGCAAACGACUGCUCCCACUUCUUUCCUUGAUCUUCCCUACGGUGCUGCAUGGGGUUCUUCAUUACAUCAUCAGCUCAGUCAUUCAGAAGUUUGUCCUACUGAUUCUAAAGAGAAAGACUUAUAGUAGCCAUCUAGCUGAGACCACUAGCCCGGUGCAGAGUAUGUUGGAUGCUUAUUUUCCAGAACUGAUUGCUAACUUUGCUGCCAGUCUUUGCUCUGAUGUUAUACUUUACCCAUUGGAAACAGUUUUGCACCGCCUUCACAUUCAAGGAACACGCACAAUCAUUGACAAUACAGACCUUGGCUAUGAAGUGCUUCCAAUUAACACACAGUACGAGGGGAUGAGAGACUGUAUCAAUACUAUAAGGCAGGAAGAAGGAGUGCUUGGUUUUUAUAAGGGGUUUGGUGCUGUUAUAAUACAGUACACACUGCAUGCAGCUGUUCUACAGAUUACCAAAAUUAUUUACUCCACCCUUCUUCAAAAUAGCGUUUGAGGUGUAAGUUCCUGGUUAGUCUAAAAGACAUAAUCUGGAUAAUUUGUUAUGAAAUUAUGAGGGAUAAAAGUUGAAAUACUGGGGGAAAAGUGGAUUAGAAAGCAAAACUGGUAGAAAAAGCCCAUGCUGAUUAUACUGACUCUUCAUUUUUUAAAAGGCAUAGGUAUAUAUUUUGGAUGAAAAGUAUUCCAAAUUUGGAAACUCAAUGAAAGUAACACUCAUGAAUUGAAUUCUAGCUAGUGUAGCACUCAUGCUAAACUAAGAGUGAUCCUGGGCAGAAGGAAAAAUUUGUCAGCAAAUAUAAAACAAAAUUUCACAGAGCCUGAAUUUAUUCCAUCUGGCUUUAAUACUUAUUAGAAGUUUAUUUCACCUUCUAGAUUGGUAUUGCGAUGUCAUCCUUAAUAUAGUGUACAGUAUCAGUACACUUUAAGUAAGCCACGUCCUCGGUGAUAAAGAUGAGGAGGUUAGAUUGGGCCACAUGUAUGCAGGACUUGAAGAAUUUUAAAUUUCAUUGUUCCUGUAUAACUUUUCAAUGGCUGUUAUAUUUAUUACAUAACGCCAUUUAUGCACACACAUGUAACUUGGAACUUCCUUCAUGUCUGCAAAUACCCCACUCUUAGAUUAGCUUAUUUCAUAGAAUGAACUCAUGUACUUUCUGCUUGAAUAUCAGAAUAAAACAUUAAAAGACAAGGUAGCCGAGAGGUUCAAGGCAAACUGUGUACUUAUCCAUAUCCAAACCCAGCGUUUCAAUGCCAGCAACUGAAAAUUCAUCAUAGGUUUAUAAAGUUUGAUUUGCUUACCUAGAGAUCAGGAUCAUCAGGCUGUUUUAGAGCCACUCCCAAGAGAGAAUAGAAAAUAAUCAUGACAACUAUUACUGUUUGCACAUUUACACAUUGUGUACUGAAAGGAUGUCACUUGCCUUAUGUUUCUGAAUGACUAUCUUAGAGAAGACACAAUUAAAAUUCACGUGGGAAAGUGUGCCUCUUUGCCUUCUGUGUGGUCCCCAUUAAAUAAUGGUUUCAGUUUCCACUUCCUUCUAGUUUUUGUUUUGCAGUUUCAUUCUCCAAACUAGAUGCACACAAAGGGAAAAGCAAGUUUAUCCUUACCACUUUUAUUUAAACUCAUUUGAAUGAAUAAUGAAGAAAAAAUGAAAACCUUAAAGGAAGCUUGUCCCUGCUUUUUGUGGAUGAGGAAAAGAAGUAAAGCUCAACAAAUAAUAAGCAAAAAUAUUAUCAGUUUUUAAAAAAAAAAAAAAGUGCUGCCUGUUCCUGAACUGAAGCUGGUGGGUGCAGUUCUUUGUAUAAUAAAAUAAUAAGCAUUUGACUGAUCAUCAUUAAACAUUUUAGAGUUGCCUUUCCUCACGUGAGUGGCCACAGUUUUACUGCAAACCACUUAAUGCAUCUUAAUGCAGAUGUGCAGGGAUUUUGCACUGGUGUCCAACCCAGAACUGAGAUUUACUUGCUAAACGUCAGUGAAGCAGUUUUUUAUGAUUAGUAGUUUUAGGACCAGAUAACGAUACCUUAAAAAGUGUCGAACAGUAUGUAAGUAGCGACUCUGUCUAAGAUCUUGUGUGCUAUGUGUGUGGUUUUCUAAAAAUCACUCAAAAUACGUAUUUUCCAUUUUUAAAUUCCUCCAAGAGGGGAAAAUAAACGUCACUGAUCACAUGUUGUAUUUUAUAGUUAAUUUUUCGGUUACGGUUUACUUUGCCCUGCCUAUGACACUUAAAUUGUUUUCAAUACUGUUGAACUGCUAAGUAAAUUUUUAGAUGUGUGUAAUCUGUCCAACUUCCAAUCAUUUUUAUUAUAAUCAACGAUGGUUUCAAAUAAUAGUAAACUUCAGAAAAUUUCAAGUUUCAGAAAAUUUCUAGAAGAACAAUCUGGAAUUAAGUAUUUACUAAUAAAGACCCAUGAAAUCCAUCAUGUAGUUAAAAAUGAGAUUAUUUCAAGAUUAUUUGGCAAAAAUUAGUCUAAACAUUCAGUUAUAUAAAUCUUUCUCAAUCAUUACAAGAUAGACUGAACCACACACAAGUGAAGUUGAUCUUCUCUCUUUGUAAACAAUACAAAUUAAUAUUAAAUAUGGAAUGUGGCAAGUAAAAUACUAAUUAUUCUUUAUUGCCAUUUCAAAUUAGUUGAAAUAUAAAAGUCAUUUAAAUUCAAGAACUUAAAUGCUGGCCAAAUACACUUAAAUGAAUUUAGAAAGGAAUAAAUAUAAUACACAUUAGGCACACACUCCCACUUAAAAAUUGUUCUGUUUCCUUAGCAUACACGUGCCAAAGUCAAAUAUCCAUUGGCUACAUUUUUAAAGAUGAUAAUAGCUCAGAAUAAUUUUUAGCUCAGUAUAAUAAAUAGUAAUAUGAAUAAAAUUCUAUUAAAAUGUGCCCACAGGCCCAGUGGUCCUCUUAAGCCAGAUUUGGCCGUGUACCUGAAGUGUGAUGAUGCUUGCUUUCCAUAUAGGAUUUCUGUCAUCUGAGUCAAAUGGUAUGAAAGCAAUUGAGUUAAAAACUGAAAAACCUGGAAAAUACUUAGUAUCUUAAGUGAAUUUAUUAAUUGAGUACAUUUGCAUAUAAGUCUCUUCCCCUUCUCUAUUUGAAGGGCCAUCGAAAAAUAACCCCUAGGUUUUUAAAUUUUUUGAAGCCUCCAAACUCCCAGCACUAGAUUUACAAAUAUGAAACAGUGAAAACAAACUGAUUUCCCAAAUGGCUGAGGUUUGGUGGAUUUGAUAACCGAGCCAGUGUUUUCAGAAACAACUGGAGAGUGAAGAAAUCUCACUUUUGCCAACACGCCUGACUACUUACAGCUGUCCUUUGAGCACUGGCUUUGUUACAAGUGCACAAAGCAUUCACUUUACCUACUGGGCCCCAGUGCUUCAAUAUUUGAAUCUGUAUCCAUAUAUCUGCUCACAGAAUAAAACACACUGCCCUAGUUUUUGUGGAUCGCCCUCAGUUUGCUUCCUUGAUCUUUUGGCACAUGAAAGACUAUUCGGCCCGCCCUUAAAAAGACAUAUUUGAAUUAAUUAUUUUCAAUAAUAAUAAGUAAAAUCCUCUUGGUAGCAAUUGACAUCACAUUAGAAUUUGAGUGAGGCUUUGGCAUUUCUGCUUUCUCUUCUCUUUCAAAUAAUUGCACAUUUCUCUUGCUCUGAUAUAAACUGGAUGCGUAAUGUCUUUCCUUUGAGUCAUUGAGUAUCAUUAAUAUCAAGUUGUGUAGCAGAGUAAAAAAAAAAAACUUGUGAUACAGUGAGUCUUACACAAUAUUACCUCAGCUAGAAGAGGUGUUUGUCUGUGUGUGUUUAAGUUGUUUUUGUCCAGUAUUUUAAAUGUUUUCAGCAAAUUGUGUAUUAUGAAAAGGUUCAAUAAAAUGUUGAAAUAAAAA